UCCGACAACACAACGUGCCAUGACUUUUGGCAGGCUGCUCUGGUUCCCACUCCCAGAAUGGCAGAAAGCCACGGGCUGCUCGCCUGCUUUGCAAAUGGGACCCAUCCCCACAGCAAAGCCCCGCGCGAGGGGGCUUUUCCUCUGCAUCCCACGUGUUUCUCCGCCAGACAGACCGAUGUCUAAGCCUGCUGUUCCCACUCUGCGCCUCCCUCCCUCUCGCUGCAUCAGAGCGGAGCCAAGGCAGCAGCAGCAGCAGCAGCAGCUCCGUCUCCCUCCCUCCCGUCCUGCACAUGCCUGCCCCUUCCCGCCGCCCUUCCCUCCCUCUCCCCUCCUCGCGUCGGAUCUUCCAGAGCCAGUCCCCGGGGGCCAAGUGUGGGAAGCGUCGAGUUUCCGCUCCGUUGGACUCUCCCCGGCCGCCUCCCCCGCCUGGUGUCCAGGAGGCGGCGGCGGAGAAGGGAUCCAGCGGCAGGAGAGGCAAGAUGUGUUCGCCUUUUUGUGUAUAACCUUGCCUCUCCUGCUUGCUUCCAAGCCUGGAAGAGCGCCCCUUUCUCUGCCGCUGCCUUGCAGGAGGGGAUGCCGGAGAGAAGCCGGCCGGACCUGGUCCGGGGAGAUGGAGCGGCUGCUGGUCCCGGCGGUGCGGCUCCUGCUGGCCUCUUGCUGGCUCCUGGCGCUGCUCCCUCCUCCGGCUGAGCCCGUCUGCCCAGAGCCAUGCGACUGCCAGCAGCAGCAGCACCUCCUCUGCACCAACCGGGGCCUGAGGGCCGUCCCCAAGGCCCUGGAGCCCCACGACAUCCUCACCUACAGCCUGGGAGGCAACUUCAUCGCCAACAUCUCGGCUUUCGACUUCCACCGCCUGGGAAUGCUGCAGCGCCUGGACUUGCAGUACAACCGCAUCCGGACCCUGCACCCCAAGGCCUUUGAGCGCCUGGGCCGCUUGGAGGAGCUUUACCUGGGCAACAACCUCUUGGCAGCUUUGACACCAGGCACCCUGAGGCCCUUGGCCAAGCUGCGCAUCCUCUACGUCAACGCCAAUGAGAUCGGCUACUUGAGCGCAGCAUCCUUUGCCGGGUUGAGCAGCCUGGUCAAAUUGCGGUUGGAUGGCAACGCCUUAGGUUCCUUGGGGGAUGCCACGUUUGCGGGGCUGACCAACCUGCUCUACUUGCACCUAGAGGCCAACCGUAUCCGCUGGCUGAGCCGCAACGCUUUCGCCGGCCUGGGCAAACUGCGUUUCCUUGACCUGUCUGGGAACCAGCAGAGUUCGUUGCGCCAUCCGGACACUUUCCGGCCUCUGCAGUUGCUUAGCACCCUCCUGCUCUCAGGCAACAACAUCCAGCAAUUGGGGAAAGGGCUGUUCCAGCACCUAAACAGCCUGGCGAAAUUGUCGUUGAGUGGCAACCGUCUGGAUUGGUUGGCACCAGACGCUUUCGCUGGGCUAGCGGCCCUCAAGGAAUUGCACUUGGAAGGAAACUUACUGAGCCAACUGCCACCCCAUCUCCUGCAGCCGCUCCGCAAUCUAGAGGUGUUGGACUUGAGCCACAAUCGGCUGCUUGGCUUCCGUCCUGAUGCCUUUGUGCACUUGCACAAACUACGAGAGCUCAGUUUGCAAGAAAAUGCACUGGUCACAGUCUCUGGAGACCUCUUUGCCUCCAGUCCAUCUCUUUACCGGUUGGAGCUCGACGGCAAUCCCUGGAGCUGUGACUGCCGCUUGCGAGGCUUGAAGCGCUGGCUGGGCUCCUGGCACUCCCAAGGAAGGCUCCUGACUGUCUUUGUGCAGUGCCGCCAACCCCUCGCCCUGGCAGGGAAGUACCUUGAUUACCUUGAGGAUGUGCAGCUCCUCCCUCCUGCAAAUGGAACUUCUUGUUCCGAGGAGUUGGCCUCUCCUUCCCCAGACUACCGAGGGAACAGCAGCUUCAGCCCCCUAGCUGAGAAGCUCAGCUCCCUGCCUUCUCUGUCACCUAUGGUGGCCUCCCAGAACAUGGUCGCCUCAGUGCAGGAAGGAGGCAACCAGGGUAUUGAUUCAAGCCUUACAACGACAGGGCCUAGCUUGCUUCUUAGUACAAGGCCACUUUCUCCUGACCCAGCUUGGCCUAGGAGGGCAGGAAAACACUACCUGGUUUCUUCGGUGUCUGGGACGCCACCGCUGGUCACCGACCCCUGUGAUUUCAACAAGCUGUUUCUGUACAACUUGUCAGUGGAGGCUGUGAGCACCAAUGCUGUCACUGUGCGCUGGGGGGUCCGCCCCCAUCGCAGUCCUCGCUUGCUAGGGCCUGUGCGCUUCCGGAUCCUCUUUGAUCGCUUCGGAGCGGCGGUCAAAUUCCAGCGCUUUGUGUACAUCCCUGAGUGGAGUGAGCCAGUAGCCACGUUGCAGGAGCUGCAUCCGGAUACUCCUUACUUGGUCUGUGUGGAGGGAGUGAUGGGGGGCCGUGUUUGCCCUGUGGCCCCACGGGACCAUUGUGCAGGGCUGGUCACCUUGCCAAAAGAGGGUUCAGGGGCAGCAUCUGCUGUGGCAGGUGGGGCCCGAAGCUUAGACCAGCAGCUCCUCACCCUUGUGCUGUUGGCAGUCAAUGCGCUGCUUCUCUUCCUGGCCCUGGCAGCCUGGGCCUCCCGCCUGGUGCGGAAGAAGGUGCUGGGCUGCCGACGGCGUAAAGCAGCAUCACCGGUACAUGUGAGGCAGAUGUAUUCAACCCGUCGACCCCUUCGCUCCAUGGGCACUGGCGUCUCUGCUGACUUCUCUGGCUUCCAGUCCCAUCGUCCGCCUCGGAGCGCUGUCUGUGCUCUCAGCGAGGCUGACCUCAUUGAGUUUCCUUGUGAACGCUUUAUGGACAGUAGCGCAGGAGGGAACAGCAGUGCCCGGAGGUUAGAGGAUAACCUCUUGCAACGUUUUGCAGACUAAAGACUUAACCCAGGUUACAUUGGGAUUGAAUAGCUGCUGGUGUUAUGAUUUGGGAAUUGUGACCUCUGUUGGCUCUGUGGAGGUCUGCCGCUGGUAUGCAAAGUGGUAGUUUAUCAAACCAGGGGUUCUGUUUCUAGAAGAGAAUAAGCCUUAAAAAGCCCAUAUGGCUUUCUGGGGAUUAUUGAAGGUCACAUUUACUUAAGGACCGCCAUCUCUUAAUGAGGGACCAAAUCUAGUUACCAGGGGAUUCCACCACUAUUCUCGAUACACCACUAUUCUUUGCUCUAGCUGCAUAGGCACUACUGGUUCCUGACCAUGAGCCAAUGGGAAUCAAUAUGAGCAAAAUCUUUGUUAGUUGAGUUCCACAGCAAUCCAGUCAUCAGUUCUAAUACUGAGACAUCUCUGUCUUAACCCCUAAUCUGUGGACAUAACUUAGUAUUUAUCAAGAACUUUGAUAAUAAGAGUAAAGUGGCAGCAAUAAGAGUAGGUGGUUCUACAUGAAUGUUCAGUUCACAGCUGGGCUGAAUUUUGUGCCUUUCAGGAGGAUAUCUUCUGCAUCACACAGGUAUGGUAUUUUGAUACCAAUUUAAUUCCUACCAUGCUGUCCAAGAGCAUACUGGGGUUUGUAGUUUGGUGAAAGAAUUGUCUCCUAGAGAACUGCAGUUGAGGAGCUAGAGCUCCCAACGACAACUCUUUAUUGAUUAGUCAAUUUUGUCCCUCAACAAACUACGAAUAGCACUGUGAAAUGGGAUACACUCCAGCCUUCCAUCCAGACUGCAGAAUUAUAUCAGCUUCAUACCACUUUCACUGUUGUUGCUCCAUCCUAUGGAAUCCUGGGAUUGGUAGUUUGUUGUGGCACCAAUGUUCACUAACAGAAGGAUCAAUAUUUCACAAAAUUACAAAUCCUAGACUACCAUGGCAUUGGGCCAUAGCAGUCAAUUUGUUAUCAAACUGCUAUAAUUCUACAGUGUGCAUACAGCACAGGUUGUAGUCUUGCACCACUUACAAUGCCAUUUAUAUGAUCAAAUUUGAAUUCAUAGGACUACAAGCUGGUGUAGCUAUUACUCCCGCUUUUUAAAAAAAUUGUGUCAGAAGUGACAUGAGAACAUUCUGCAAGUUGCUUCUGGUGUGAGAGAAUUGGCCGUCUACAGAGAUGUUGCCCAGGGGACAUGCAGAUGUGUUACCUCCCUUCUGGGAGGCUUCUUUUAUGUCCCUGCAAGUUAGAGCUGACAGAUGGGAACUCACCCCAUCUUGCAGAUUUGAACCGACAACCGUCAGGUCAGCAACCCAACCUUCAGGUCAACAGUUCCGCUGGCACAAGUGUUUAACCCAUUGCGCCACCACGGCUCCCAUUACUCCCGCUGAGUAAACAGUUUACUAUGUUGGAGGAGCAUUAGCACAAAUCUUCAACUUAUAUGCCCCCUUUGAACAAAUGGAUGCCAAUCAUUCCACUGCUACUGCCACCAGGGAUAUGUUGGCACCGCUGGGCAUACAUUUCAUGCAUAUGGACAAUGGAUAGAGCAGAGAUCGUGGCAGUGUUCAUUCAUACAAUGGUUCCCCAGGAAUGAACUGUGGAGGACAGCAAUGUCUAAACUGGCCCUAAGAGGAUAUAGAAUGAAAGCUAGUGUCUGGCUCAACACACAAUUAAAAUUAAUAUUUCAGAUGCUGAUAUCAGUCAUUGUUGCCUUUAUUUAAGAUGAGACAGGUUUGCCACUCUUUUGACAAAUAAUGUGAACACAAAUUACUACUGUGGCAGAGAGACUAUUCUUGAAUUUUUAAUAUUAAACACUGACUUUUAAAACUUAUUAGCUCUAGGGUCUUGGACCAAAACAUUAUCCCCUUGCCCUCAAGAAGUGCCUUGAAAAUGAAUGUUUAAUAUGAAAUUAAUUUGAAGACUUUAGAAUGGUGCUUUUUUAUACUGACUGGGGCUUUUUAACUGAAUGAAUGUGAGGUGUUUUAAUGUAUGUUUUGUGUAAGUAUGCAAAUAAUGGUUACAACUCAUGUUGUUUUUGCAAGCAAGACUAAUUGUCUGACACCGCUAGGAAAAAAUAACAUUAACCAAAGUUUGUUAUACUUUUUUUUAGAAUGACUUAUUUUUACAAUGGUCUUGAAUAAACACUUUUGGUACUUCUGUA